UACAGACAGUAGCUGAACUUCCAUCACCCAACUUCUUUCAGCUUCACCCAUUCUUCAUUUGGAAACCUGAAAAUGAAAUUAUGUCCAGGCUGAAAAACAACUACAAUCUACCAUGUCUUCAUGGCUGUUCUAAACCACAAGUUGUUUCUGCUGGUGUGGGCCAUCCUCGGGUGAUAGUUGGGACUAGUGGUCAAUAUUUCAUCCUGUCCUCCAGGCUUUGCUGCAAGUCUUGUCGAUGGAACUGGUUUGCUGAUAGUCUUCGCUGGCUGGAGAAGCUGCCCAGAAGAUUCACCAACCUCCUGCCUGCAUUUCUUACUUACAAGAAGGCCAUCUGUAAGUCAGUCAUGGAUGAGCUGAGACGCACUGGAAAGUAACCCACAGAUAUGGCUAACCAAGUGCAUGAGCUCAUGCAUCUUAAAUAUGAACGAGCUCAUUUAGCAUAUCUAGUCCACUGAGAGCAUCUGGGAUGCAGAGGCUGGGGUGCAUGGACAGAGGACCAUGGGGCAGUUCAUCAGGAAAAGCAACACACCRUACCCAUUCAGCUCCUAUGAAGAUCCAAAUGGCUGGUGCGGUAUCUCUGUGUCUGGCUUCUACCUCACAGACUGUUUGCUCGAGGAGUACAGACGUCAAGAGCCAGCUUUGUCAAGACUUCUCCAAGGCACGUUUGGGCAGGUCUUCAGKUCUGAUCACACCAGAAAGGUAGCACGAAAGGUCACUCUUGCAUCUGGGAUCAUGUCCAGCUAUGCAAUUAUGAACGAGCACUGGUUAGUCGUCUCCUGGGUGAUGGUUCAGUCCGAGAGCAACAGAUCCUUGGAACCAAUGUACCGGGGAAUGGCCAAGAGGUACGAAGACGCUGGAGUGGAGAAGGCAGGCUUCCACUGGGUGGACAGGGAUUGCUGUGCUUCCUUUUAAGAUCACAGACUCCAUCCCUGGUGAGCAUCUAAACUGGGAUGCCUGGAAAACAACCCCUUCCACCAUAGCUGCGGCCACUUCAGGACCUCUGACUAACACCUGUCCCUCAAGGUCAAGCUACAAUCCAGACAUUGUUGUGAAGCUGGACUUGUUCCACUGUAUGCAGUGCUUUUCCAGGGAAUUCACAAGUGAACAUCACCCUCUUUUCAGCACCUUCUGCCAGCUCCUUUCGGCUGCUUUCUCUGUAGUGGAUCAGGAAGAUCUGAAGAAGCUCAAGGAGGCUUAUGAGUUCUGUGGUAUCGUGCCAGCCAAUCCAACAAAACAACAUAUCCGGGAGCAUUGCAGGACCAGGAUACCACACCCCACAGAGCUACUGGACAGAGUGGAGAAAGUGCUGAAACAUUUUUACCUGGCCAAGGAUCCCAACGACAYCCCUCUGUUUAAGCCAUCCAUGCUGAAGA